CUUCAUAUUAUUAAUUAAACAAUAUGCCUAUUCUUGAAAUUUCAUCUGCCCAAGCUCCUAAGGAUAUCAGAGCUUUCACCAAGCGUAUGAAUGCUCUUUUCUCUGAAUUGAUUGGUAAGCCUGAGAGCUACUGUAUGGUUACUUUCACCAAGGUUGAUUCUCUUUUCUUCUCUGGUUCCGAUGAGCCUGGUUUCCUUGUUAAGGUUGGCUCUAUUGGCCAUAUCGAUAAUGACCGUAACUCCAAGUUGACUGCUGCUGUCACUCAAGAACUCGAAAAGGAAUUGGGUGUCAAGGACAACCGUGGUUACUUUAUCUUCACUGAUGUUCCCGCUGAGAACAUUGGUUUCAGAAAGACUACUUUUGCUAACCUCUUGUAAAACCCAUUACCACCAAAACAGUUUAGAAUACGUUAAUUCUAUAUCUUAUUUUUUUUUUUUUUUUUUGCAUAGCCUAAAUAUGUAAAUGUAUGAACAUAUACAUAUUUUUUGUUUCUUCUUAUCAUUGAAUAAAGCAUUUCAUCUCAUAACAUACUUUAUAAAAAAAAAACGCGUAACGUAAUAAUUUAAAUGUAGCCCAAAUGAUAAACCU